GAUGCGGCGGCGCGGCGCCCAGGAUGCCCCGCAGCCCCGGGACGCGCCUCAAACCCGCCAAGUACAUCCCAGUGGCCACGGCCGCCGCGCUGCUGGUUGGCUCCAGCACCCUCUUCUUCGUGUUCACGUGCCCAUGGUUGACAAGAGCUGUAUCUCCAGCCAUUCCUGUCUACAAUGGCAUCAUCUUCCUCUUUGUCCUGGCCAAUUUCAGUAUGGCCACCUUCAUGGACCCUGGCAUCUUCCCCCGAGCGGAUGAGGACGAGGACAAGGAGGAUGACUUCCGGGCCCCGUUAUACAAGAAUGUGGAUGUACGGGGCAUCCAGGUCCGCAUGAAAUGGUGUGCCACAUGCCACUUCUACCGUCCACCACGCUGCUCACAUUGUAGUGUCUGCGACAACUGUGUAGAGGACUUUGACCAUCACUGUCCCUGGGUCAACAACUGCAUCGGGCGCCGCAACUACCGCUACUUCUUCCUGUUCCUGCUGUCACUCAGUGCGCACAUGGUGGGCGUCGUGGCCUUCGGCCUAGUCUACGUGCUGAACCAUGCAGAGGGGUUGGGGGCCGCCCACACCGCCAUCACCAUGGCUGUUAUGUGUGUGGCUGGCCUCUUCUUCAUUCCUGUGAUUGGCCUCACUGGCUUCCACGUGGUGCUGGUCACACGGGGACGCACCACCAAUGAACAGGUGACUGGGAAGUUCCGCGGGGGUGUGAAUCCCUUCACACGAGGCUGUUAUGGGAACGUGGAGCACGUGCUAUGCAGCCCCCUGGCACCCCGGUACGUGGUGGAGCCACCCAGACUGCCUCUUUCAAUGAGUCUGAAGCCACCCUUUCUCCGGCCUGAGCUCUUGGAACGAGCUAUGCCCCUCAAGGUCAAGCUUAGUGAUAAUGGGCUGAAGACUGGCCUGGGCAACAGCAAGUCCAAGAGCAGUUUAGACCGGCUGGAUGAGAAGCCGCUGGACCUUGGACCACCAUUGCCUCCUAAGAUAGAGGCUGGCACCUUUGGAGGAGACCUGAAGACCCCGCGACCUGGCAGUGCUGAGAGUGCCCUGUCACUACAGAGGACCAGCCCCCCAACUCCUGCCAUGUACAAGUUCCGGCCAGCCUUUCCCACCGGUCCAAAGACACCCUUUUGUGGGCCAAGUGAGCAGGUCCCAGACCCUGACUCCCUUAUGGCGGAUGACAGCACCCACAGUCUAGACUUUGUGUCUGAGCCCAGCCUGGAUCUCCCAGAUCAUGGGACUGGUGGCCUGCAUUCUGCCUACCCACCAUCCCCGCCCCUUAGUGCCACUGAUGCCUUCUCGGGUGCCUUGCGCUCCCUGAGUCUCAAGGCUGCUAGCCGGCGGGUUGGGGACCAUGUGGCCCUGCAACCCUUGCGCUCUGAAGGUGGGCCCCCCACACCCCACCAUGGUCUCUUUGCUCCCCAUGUGCUGCCCAACAGAAAUGGCAGCCUGUCCUAUGACAGCCUACUUAACCCUGGCUCACCCAGUGGCCACACGUGCCCAGCACACCCUUCGGUCACCAUGGCUGGUUACCACUCACCCUUCCUGCACCCUGGGGCAGCCGGUGAUCCACCACGGCCCCCACCCCGCAGCUUCAGUCCUGUGCUUGGCCCCCGGCCUCGGGAACCCUCUCCCGUGCGCUACGACAACCUGUCGCGGACCAUCAUGGCUUCCAUCCAGGAGCGCAAGGACAGGGAGGAGCGUGAGCGGCUGCUGCGCUCCCAGGCUGAUUCGCUCUUCGGUGACUCCGGAGUCUAUGACACACCCAGCUCCUACAGCCUGCAGCAGGCCAGUGUUCUAUCUGAGGGUCUCCAUGGCUCGGUGCUGCGCUAUGGCUCUAGGGACGACCUUGUGGCUGGGCCUGGCUUCGGUGGCACCCGGAACCCCGCCCUGCAGACGUCGUUGUCCUCAUUGUCCAGCUCCAUGAGCCGGGCACCGCGGACGUCCUCCUCCUCCCUGCAGGCUGACCAGACCAACAACAAUGCCCCUGGGCCCCGGCCUGGCAGUGGCUCACACAGGUCACCUGCACACCAAGGCCUGCCCUCCCCACCAGGCACUCCCUGCUCACCCUCCUACGUGGGCCCCAAAGCUGUCGCCUUCAUCCACACAGACCUCCCUGAACGGCCACCCUCGUUGGCUGUGCAGAGGGACCACCCUCAGCUGAAGACCCCCCCAAGUAAGCUUAACGGGCAGUCCCCAGGCUUGGCCCGGCUGGGGCAUGCUUCUGGCCCUGUGGGGCCCAACGCCAGCCCUGCCCGGCACACGUUGGUUAAGAAGGUGUCCGGCGUGGGUGGGACUACAUAUGAAAUCUCGGUGUAAGAACUGAUCACCUGUCUGCUGUGGUUCCAUGGGGACCAUAACCCCCGUGGUGGUUCCCCCACCCCUACCAACUUCUUCGCCCCAGGGAGAAGAGCCCACUCAAGCCUGAAACGGACAUAUCUACAGGAAAGUCCCACUUCCAUAAGCUUGUGCUCUGCCCUUGUGCCUGUCUAUCUACUCAUCUGCUCAUAGGACAGAUGGGUCCCAGGCUGCGGGUCUGUGCCCCUCCUGGGGCUGUGACUUCAACUGCCUCCUUCGUCAGCCAAGUUCAGGCCUGCCCCUAUUGGCCCCUGUCCCCCCAGGCCAGUCCCCAAACACCCCUUGGGCCUACUCACUCUCCCAUGUGCAUAGGUCUCUGUGGCCCUGCCCUCCUCGCUGCUCCUAACACGUUGCCUUUCACCAACCAGCUGGCAGUUUGUAGCUUAGCAAGAUCCAGUGCUUCUGCAGGGAGUGCAACCCUGGUCUGCCCUGGGUUGUGAUGGAUGGGUAGACAGACAGACAUCCAACUGGGGCAGGAGUUCCAGCUCCCUGUGUUCUGUCUUGCUUAACUGAUGGGCUUGUGUCCCUGUGUCUCUGUGCUGUGCUGUGCUGCCAUACUAAGGCUGAUGUGUUAGUGCUCGGCCACUGCUGUCCUUUCAUCAAAGCCUUAACUUCUGCUUUAUGCUCUUGUGGGAGGCGAUGGUGGGGGAGACAGAGCAGGCAUGGGGAACAGAUGCUGCCUAGGGGCCUGGUGAGACCCAGAGCCCCCUUCCCCAGCCCUCAGGGCUUCCCUGCCAAACUGGAGAGUCCUCACCCCAAGGCAUACAGAGAUCCCAGCACUGGCCCCCACCAGUGCCAAGCGGAAAGCACAUCCAGGAGGGAUCAGUGCUCCCCCUGGCAUCAGGGACCCAAGUAAGCACAUGGCAGCAUCUGCUUGCAUUGUGUCUUGUUUUAUGUUUUUAUAUUUACAUCUAUCUAUCUAUAUCUAUAUAUAUAUAAUUUUAUUAAAAAAAACAAAAAAGUCAUUUUGAUCCUUUCCUUGGGCAAAGCUAGUGUUGGGGGUGCAGGGGAGGUGUCAGGAUGGGUUGGCUGGCUAGUCAUGGUGGCAUUUUUUUGAGUGGGCAUUUCUGCUGAAAAGCUAAGUCAGAGCCCUAUCCAUUGAUGGGUCUUUGGCUGCUCAGUAAAGGUCUCUUGCCUCUGGUCUGUGACAUUCCUGGUAAUAGGGAAUUUAAAGAAAGGCCAGGAAUACAGCUGCCCUAAAGGGCCACCAGGAACUGAAGGGUGUGGGCAGGCAGUGUAUAGGAAUGCAUGCACAUAGGGCCAACAGCAGGCUCCAUGCCAACAGGAGUUGUUCUACUUUUUAGAACCCAGUCUUGUUUGCUGGUUGCUAAGGGUGAGACUGGGAAGUGUCAGGAAGCUACAGCUUUGUAGGCCUGGGGUGGGGCUGGCUAAGGCACAGUGUGAAAGGCAUGGGGGGACUCAGACCCAGAGGGAGCGAUCCCAUGCCUCAAGCCCCAUAGUCCUACCCCUUGCUGACCUCCACUUUUUGCUUCUCUCUCAUGGACACCCUGGUUCACAGCGGGCGAAUCGGUACCUGUAGCCGUGGAUGGGGGCUGCGUGGUCCUCCCAGGGGGACCCCUGGCCUGCACCUUUGCCAUCUUGGCCGACCAGAGGAUCACGCGCCGCUGCGGGCCCCCUGGAGCACAGCCACUGGGGCGCUCCCCCGUGGGACCAUGUGCCAUCUACAUUCUGCCGCAUCCAGCCUUUUCCCUGGCCUCUCGGGGCCCUAGCAGGAUGCCAAGUAGGUGGCUCUAUGGCCCUGGAUGGCCCAGCUGGGACCCAGGGGACCAGGCUGCUGUGGACCCUGGGGCUAGGGCUAGAUGUAGCCUGGGGGAGUUCCCUGUCCAUCAGCCACAGCUUGACUGAGCAGCCUGCCAGGGCCUGUGUCCAAGUGACCUCAGGAAGUCUUCCUACCUGCUACAGGGGUCCAGUGCCCCACUGGGGUUGGCCCCAGAGCUGCUGGGGACCAGCAUGAUCUUUAUCCCAGCCUCCCUACCCCUUCCAAGCACUUUAGUCUAAGCCACUUACUCCCAGGGAGCCCAGGCCUCUGUGGGUUGGGCUGGGUAGGGGUCUCAGGUUGCCCCUGCAGGUCACUAUACCACCCCCACCCUGCCCCUAAGCACUUAAACAGAUGCCUUAAUGUCCUGGAGUUGCCAGCCAGCUUGGCAGGCCAUGGACCUGGCCCAUCCUCCUCUGCCCCUUGCCUGUUCUGGCCCCACCUGGGCAAUCUGCAUUUAGGGGUGAUGCCUCUGGGAGCUCAGAUGACUCCAUGGCCCAUUCCCUGCACCUGAGCCUGCCAAUCCUACAUGUCCCUAGGGGCAGAGCAGGGUGGAACCUCUGUGAACUCUCCCUCUUUCGCAAGGUCCUUGUCCCAGGGCAGCAGUUUUGUGUCUUCCAUUUGAGAUGAGAAAACCACAAAGCUGAACUCUGUUGCUCUAACGAACAAUCCUCAGUUCCCCCAAUAAAACUUUUGGUGUUUACCUCCA